AUGACAGAAAGAUUAGAGGAGAUGAAAAGGAUCCUGGAAAAAUUUAAUUGGUCAUCUACGUCCAACAAUAAACCUCUUUUGGAGUCAAAUUCCAAAAACGUUUCAACCAAUCCCCCUCCCCACAUCGAUCUUCCUAUAUUAGGGGAGAAGAUGGAUGAGGAAGUGAAAAAAGUGUUGUUACAAAGAGAAGUUGAUGUGGAUAAGGCUUUUGAAGAUUAUCGUUUCAAACGAAACCUUCUAGACAACUAUUGGGAUGAUAUUGACCGUAAAAGGAAUUGGAUUAUAAGUACUAUGAAAGAAUUCCAAUCUGCUGAGAGUUCGAUCCGCUCUAGUGAAGAAGUUUUUCGAAAGCUAAAGAGUGAAUUAGAACUUCGUGAUUACUAUUUGGAGGGGAAAAAAGGAAGUCCUUGCUAUGAAAAAAGAGUAUCCUUACGAGUUUCCGAUGUGGGAAGAAGAUGA